AUGCAAUGUCAUUUUGGUAAAACGAUAAAAGAACUCGGUUCGAAAUGGUCAGCGGAUUUGGGUCCACCUUUUGGCGUGAUGCAUUGCAUACAAUGUGAAUGCGUUCCGUUCCAGAAGAAGCGUAGAAUUGUUGCCAAAGUCCAGUGCCGUAAUAUCAAACACGAAUGCCCGAAACCGACAUGCGACGAACCGGUUUUUAUCCCUGGAAAAUGUUGCAAGACUUGCCUCGAUGAUCAUCGCUUGUUAGAAGUGGCACAAGACAUACCACCGCAAGAAGAAGAUAAAAAUAUGAAAUAUUUUGGAGCGUUACUCACUGGAAGGACUUCAUUAGUAUUUAAAAGAGAUGAUAUUGUUAAUAUUCCAUCAACGUCUAAAAAUCCAGUUUAUCAAAUCGUCGCAACCGGAAGGUUUACAUUUCAUAAAAAAAAUUUAUAUUAUUCAUUUUACCUGGCAAAUUCCCUGAAUCAAAAUCCUCCGAGACCACGAACGAUACAAUUUAUCAACUACAAGGGAGAUCUUUUGGAAGAACAAAAUUUGUCGGCGAUGGGUAGCGUUUACCAAAAUGCGACAUCAAAAGUCUGCGGAGUUUGGAGAAGGAUACCGAGAGAAUAUAAAAGAUUGUUAAGGGAUGAAACUUUAUACGUUGCACUUUUAUGGGGUAAUAAUUUGGCAUUGAGCGGACAAAUCGCAAGGUUAAAAGCUUUAAACACUGAACAAUUUACCGCAUUGUUAACACCAUCUUAUUCUGAUCUUGUCGAACCUGAUAGCGGAGGAACUGCCAUCAUAUCAACUUUGGCAUCCCCACCCACGAUUCACAUAUCACUAGUUUUCAACGGAGUUUUUCUUCCGGAUGAAGUUUCCGACGUACCAUUAACGGUUCGACUUGAAAAUUCCGAAAAAGGACACGUCAUAUUCGAAGAGGUGGUAAGAGUGCAUAAACCAUCUCAUACGAUAAAUUCGGAAGAAGUAAAAAGUCUCAUAUCAAUGAACGAUCUUCGAAUGAUAACGAGAGGAAAAUUUAGCGUCAGUAUUUCUUCCAGGCAUAAACCUGAUAUAUAUUUUCUAUCUGGCCCUGUCGUCACGAGAACAGCCUGUGAAAUUUUCCAGACUCCCUUAUCGUUAUCAAACGAAUUAGAAGGUUCGGACGCGCAGGAAACCACGUCCAUGUUAUCAUACUCUCCAGCAUCCGGAAUGGCUUGGCUAUAUGUUAAUCGCGAUGGGUCCAUAACGUAUAACGUUCAAUUAAACGAAAUACAAGAAUCUCCAGUUUUCACGUUGAUGCCAUCCGGAAAAGGAAGGAAAAUAUUAGACAUACAACAAUUUACACCGAGUAAUUUAAAUAACGGAUUCGCCACUGGAACUUUGGAUAAACUAAGUCCUAAAUUAUUGGAAUUCCUUUAUUCUGGAGAAUUGUCUUUAAGUGUUAUCUCGACAAAAACUUCGAUAAAAGGACAAUUCGUGAGUAGGCCAGUUGCUGGAGCAGUAGACACAAAAUUACCACUUUUGUUAAAAAGAGUCAACAAUAAGAAAAACUACGAUCUAAUCGGUAUGGCUUGGCUUUCGAUUGAUUUCGAUUGCGAUUUAUACUACGAGGUUCAAUUAUCCGGUACUGGAGCCGAAUCACGGAGUUAUCAAUUGUUUUUGGAAGACACACCGAUAAUCGCACCGAAUUCUCCAGUGUCAAAAAGACAUUUGGAAGAUUUCAACGGAACUUUUCUGGAAGGAUUUGCACAAUUGACACCCCAAGAAUUAUUAAGAAUGGACACGGGAAUAAGUUUUUUCGAAAUUACGGAUUUAUCAACGGGUACGAUAUUAUUAAAAGCGGAUAUGAAACAACUUAAAAUUCCAGUCGAAUGUUUGUCGUACACGAACGAUAACGACGUAUCACCGUUUGUUUCGAUGUCUUCUCAUCGUACAAUCGACAUAACAAAAUGUUAUCACGAAGGAAUAUUUUACGACGAGGGUACUCAGUGGCGUCACCCACGUGACCCAUGUAAAAUGUGUCACUGUUUAAGAGGAAAAGAAAAAUGUGACGAUGUUGUUUGUCCUCCUCUACCCUGUACAAACAAAGCUAAAAUAUCCGUUAAAGAAUGUUGUCCGACUUGUUACGAUUCAAGCAACAACGAUUUAAAAACAUCCGUUGGUUGUACACAAGCCGGACAAUUUUAUCCAAACGGGAGCGUUUGGCAUCCUUAUUUACCACCCUACGGAUUUAAUUUGUGCGUUGUUAUGUCGUGCGUAAGCGACGCAAAAUCAUCCGUUAUCAAAUAUUCUAGAGUUCAAUGUCCUCCAUUGAAAUGUUCUGAAAAAGAAGCUGUGAGAAUGGAGAAAAAUUCUUGUUGCAAACAAUGUCCGACACCGGAAGCUGGCUACGCAAGAGAUCAAUCGGUGAUCGAAGUACCUAAAAAAAAAACAGACGAAGAAAUAUUACAAGAAGGGGGUUGUACGUAUUUGGGUAGAGGACCAUACGAAAAUAAUACGGAAUGGUCGCACAGAGUUGAUUCGAUAGGUAUAACGCCAUGCGUUAAAUGUCGAUGUAAGGAUGGAGUUAUAAUGUGCGAAAGGAAAAGAUGCAUAAGAGCAAAUUGUACAAAUAGCACGACGCAAAGUAAUGCUGACGUUGACGAUUGUUGUUCUCAUCAAUGCAGGUACAGACGACAGAGCAAACACAAUCAAAGGAGAAAAACGUGGAAGCAAAAAAAAAGAGGAAACGCGUAA